CAGUUACAGUCGCCAUUUUGUCGUCGUCGUUAACGGGCAGAGAAGGACGACAGAAAUAUCUAAACCACGACUCCCGGCGUUAUUUCUCACCGAGUCAGGGCAGAACAGAUCGCUACAUGAGUUCAUGGACUGCCUGCUAAUCAAUGGUUAUGGUAUUUACAAGCCCGGUGUAGGUUUUCCCGCGUCGCUCAGCUCAAAGAUGGACGACAAAGCGGCGAGGGAAGACGCCUGCCGGGAGUACCAGUCCUCUCUGGAAGACCUCACCUUCAACAGCAAGCCGCACAUCAACAUGCUGACCAUCCUGGCCGAGGAAAACCUCAACUUCGCCAAGGAUAUCGUCGCUAUUAUUGAAGCGCAAAUAAGCAAGGCCCCAUCUGCCGAGAAGCUUCCAGUUUUGUACUUAGUGGAUUCCAUAGUGAAGAAUGUUGGAGGAGAGUACCUUGCAGUGUUUGCUAAAAACCUAAUCACUUCAUUUAUAUGUGUCUUUGAAAAGGUGGAUGAAAACACUAGAAAGAGUCUGUUCAAGUUACGAUCGACGUGGGACGACGUGUUUCCUCUGAAGAAGCUGUACGCGCUGGACGUCCGGGUCAACUCUGUGGACCCGGCCUGGCCCAUCAAGCCGCUGCCGCCGACCGUCAACGCCGGCGCCAGCAUUCACGUCAACCCCAAGUUUUUAAAACAGAAUGAGGAGGCGUCCUCUGCGCAGCCUGUCCCCGCCCAGCCGGCGCCACCAGCAGCGCCCGCUCCACAGCCGGUGCCCGCCGUCAGCCAGUGCAGCCUGACCCAGGAGCAGCUGAUCCGACAGCAGCUGCUGGCCAAACAGAAACAGCUUCUGGAGCUGCAGCAGAAGAAGAUCGAGCUGGAGCUGGAGCAGACCAAAGCACAGCUGGUCGGUGGUUUUGUGUUACCAACAUCGACAGCGGUCUCCACUCCGGCGGCGCCGAAGCCCGUCAGCCAGACGGCUCCUGCGGUCCGACCCUGGAUCCCUCCUCAGACUCAGGCGGACGCCAAGCCGCCCACCAGAGACCCGCGUCUGAACCGCGCCGGCCCGCCCGCCGCCGCCGCCGCCUCCCAGUCCAAAGAACAUCCUGCUGGGAAGAAAGCGGACGCGACGUCAACAGGAAGUCCUCUUGUGACACCUGAGAAGUCCACCCGGCCAGACAAGGCCAGAACCCAGAGGAAAGACGUGCUGGAGGAGAAACCCAAGUCCAAGUCUCCGUCUCCGAUGGCCAAAAGUGUCCAGAGUAAAAACAGACAGGCGGAGGCGGAGCUUCAGAAGUCAGCAGACGGCACAAAGAAAGAUCCCAGGCUGAAGAAACGCACGCAGGACAAGACCGGGGAGGCAAAAGACGACGAGCUGAAGGAGAAGAAAAGAUGCACCGACAAGAAGGAGCGAGAGGAGGCGCCACGGGGAGCAGAGCCUCUGAGGUCCAGCAAGGGGAAGCUGGUCAACGGCGCCGUGACCAAACACGACCGCGAGGAGUCCUCAGAGAAGGCUGAGUUCAAGGCCGGAGGCAACGCACGAACACACGCCAGGAAACGCACCCGCUCGCGCUCCAGGUCGCCCUCGCCGAAGAGGAAGGACAGGCGGUCGCCCAAGAGCAGAACCAGGAGCAGCUCCCUGUCCCCGUCGCCCUCUCACAAACCCGGCAAGCCCAGGAGGAUCCGCGCGGAAGAACCAGAACACGGCAAGCCCAGUCGAGAGGACCGGCUCGCGCCAAAGAAGAUCCAAUCAGAAAGCAGGAGGUCGAAGAGGCCGGCGGAGGAGCGGCACUCGGAGUCCAGAGACUCUCACUCCCCGCGGAGCCAUGACGGAGGCAGCAAGGACGCCAAGGACGCUCCUCACCGCUGGAGGAGCGGCUGGGAGGAGAACAAACAUCCGAAGCUGCCGGAGGACUCUCAUGUGAAGCCGGGACCUCAGAGACACAAACAGUACGGCCCCCAGGCCGCUCGCCCCGCCACCCCCCGGACCCCGAAGCAUCGCCUCAGCGUGGACGCCAACCUGCAGAUACCUGAAGUCCUCAACUCCGCCUCCAAGAAGGACCUGCUCAGGAGGGCCAGCAAGCGUCUGGAGAGCGGCGAGAUUUCCCAGGAGGACUUCCUGAACAUGGCCCAUCAGAUCAAACACUUCUUCCAGUACCGGGAGGAGAAGCAGCAGCACACGGACGGCUGGGACGAGUCCGGCAGCUUCUCCGCCAAGAAACAGCCGCUGCUGACCACGCCGCCCUCGGGUCAGCCCCGCCCCCACGACGCCAUGGACCCGGCGGAGCUGUCGUACUACGAGCACAAGUCCAAACUGAGGAAGACGCAGGUCACCCGCCGGGCCGCCGGGGAGGAGUGGGAGGGAGAGGAGAGUCCAGAGGAGGCCGAGGAAGGGGUGUCGGGUGACAAGAUAGGCGGGCGGAGCGCCGCACACCAGCCGCCACAUAAAUACAGCCGGGCGCCACGGGACAGGCUAGGUGAGCGGCGAAGUAAAGAGCGCGAAGAGCCUCGGCCGCCGCUCGGCCCCAUGAUCGAGGAGUACAACCACGGCAAAGAGUUCCCCACCCUGAAAUCUCUACCCAACCUUCGCUUCAGGAGGCGAGCCGACCCCAGAGAGUCCAAGAGGUCAGAGGUCAGGUUCUGGAGCUGCAGGGUGUCAGGGUCUCGAUCAGAGACGCUCCAGCAGGGUGAGAGAGAGUGGAACUCGCCGCUGACUGAGCGCCAGCGUUUCGACGAGCGCGAGGAGCAGAAGAGCGGCUACGACGCUCCUCGCAGGUACGGCCCACAUGCGGACUCCAGACACCCCGACCCACGGAGGCCGGAGGGGCCCCUACCCUCGGGCACCGUGGUCCACAGGAACUGUUCGAGCCCGGCCGGUCUGGACGCCCCGGCCCCGAGGUUCGAGCGCGAGCGCCUGUCUCCUUUACACCAGAAGGACUCGGCGGAGGUGAGCCCGGUGCCACGCUUCGAGAGUCCCAACAGUGAGCACUCUGACGACGGGCCCCUUAAUCUGGAUGUCCCCCCUGCUCACCCUCCCCCCAAAUCCAUCCUCAAGGCGCCGGCUCGUGGAGGCCCCCUGUCUUCUGUCCGACAGCACAGCGACUCUCCAGGACACACACCGCCUCACGACGGAGGACACCCCCCCUUCAGGUUCGAGGGGCCCGGACACAUGGGCCCCUCCAGACCGCACCCUCCGGGGUGGUACGAAGGUGGUGGCCCCGGGCGCUUUGAUGAUUCGGCCCGGUUCGAUGGGCCUCACCACUCGGGCCCCGGCAGAUUUGAUGGUGGGGGACCGCCUCAUCACAACAUGCCAGAGAGGUUUGAUGGGCCCGGGCAGUGCGACGGGCCCCACAUGCCUCACGGUCCAAUGAGAGGCGGAGACUGUAUUGGGCGGUUUGACGGUCCGCCACACCCUCAAGGCCCUGGGAGGUUUGAUGGUCCGAUCGGACAGCCGCACCCUGUUAGGUUUGAGGGACAGGGGCCCGGACCGGGUCACUUUGAUGGUCCUAUGCCACGCUUUAACAACAUGGCCCCUGGUCCUGGAUCUGGACCGUUGGGCUUCCAGCAGCCGCGGGCUAUGCGCUUUGAGGGCCCUCCAAACCAGAUGGGCACGAUGAGGUUUGAAGGCCCCGGUCCGAUGAUCUUUGAUGGCCCCGUCCAGCAAGGGCCCAGGUUUGACAUACCCAAUGUGCCACAUCAGGGUGGGCCCACCAUCUACGAGUGCGCCCCUGGGCAGCAAGGCCCCCCGAGGUUUGCUCCCCAACACAACAUGCAGCCCCCCAUGAGGCCCAUGGCUCCUCCCAUCUAUGAAAAUCCAAUGGCGGCCCCCCAGCAGAACUUCAACCCCCAGCGUUUCCAGGAGCCCAUGAACUCCCAGUUCCCUUCGGGGCCCAUGGUGUUCCCGGCUCAGCCGAACCUGCAGCAGGCGGGAAACUUCAACAUGCAGCCGGCCCCGCCCUUCAGCCAGCCGGCCCCCGGCCCCUUCUACAACCCCGCUGGCCCCGCCGGCAUGCAGCCACCGGUGAACAUGAUGGCGAGCCUCGGCCAGCCCUUCCUGCCUCAGAACCCGGUGCCUUUCAGACCGCAGCCUCCGCAGGUCGUCCCUCCGGAGAACCACUUCGGGCAGGUUGACGUCAACGACCUGCUGUCCAAACUCAUCUCCAACGGCAUCAUCAAACCCUCGCAGCCCGACGCCGCGCCGGCCGCCGACACCGAAUCUUCUUCUGCGGCUCCGGCAGCUCCGGCGGCGGCGGCGGAGGAGGAGGAAGAGGAGGAGCCGGAGGUGGAGGAGGACGACUUCCCGGACCUCACCAGCUUCAACAUCGACGACAUGAAACAGCGCUAUGACAGCGUGGUGACCAAGCUGUACUCGGGGAACCAGUGCUGCCUCUGCAGCAUGAGGUUCACCGCCGCUCAGACCGACCUGUACGCCGACCACCUGGACUGGCACUUCAGACAGAACCACGCCGGGAAGGUCGCCAGCAAGAAGAUCACUCACCGCCGCUGGUACUACACACUCAGGGACUGGAUCGAGUUCGAGGAGAUCGCCGACCUGGAGGAGCGGGCCAAGAGUCACUUCUUCGAGAAGGAGAACGAGGAGGAGGUUCAGAAGAGCCAGGCGGCCGCCAAGGAGAAGGAGUUCCAGAGCGUGAAGGCCACCAAGGACCAGGUGGGAGAGUCGUGUGAAAUCUGCCAGGAGCCGUUUGAGACGUACUGGGUGGAGGAGGAGGAGGACUGGUUCCUGAAGAACGCCGUCAGGGUCGACGACAAGAACUUCCACCCCUCCUGCUUUGAGGAUUAUAAAAACACGUCUUCGUACCUCGACGUCACGCCGUCGCCCAACAGGGUGCUCACUGAACACCCGCUGAGCGCCUUCAUCAAGAAGGAGGAAGACGAGGAGGAGGAGUCUUCCUGUGCUGUCGCCGCCGCCGCCGCCACCAAACAGGAAGUAGCGUCUGAGGCCAGCGAGCUUCCUGAUGUGAAGAAAGAGGAGGAGCCGGAGGUUUUAACUGAAGUGCAAUCUGAUGAGAGUAAAGCAUAACGCUGCUGCUGCCUCGCCGUCCCUCCGUUUCCCGGAGCAGGCGGCGUUUUUUUUGUUUGUUUUUUUUUUUAAGCGUGCGGAGGCCGGGUCCUCGGCAACAAUAACCCUCAAUACAUUUUUGUAUUUGGAUUCUGCGCGACCAUUUCAGGUCUGCCGAACUGAAAGUGUUUAUAAAGAGAGAAAUGUUUUGUUUCCUGCGGGGCUGAGAUGUAAAUGAGUUAAUUUAUAAAUUAAAGUAUUUUUUGGUAUCUCUGGUGUAACGCUGAUUGAGCCUGUGUCGGCCUGGACUCAGCCGGGUUCAUUGAUUUGAUUGGUUGGUUUAUCGGUGGGUAGUUGCAGGUGUUGUUUCAGGCUGCGUUUAAAGGUAAGCAUCAUCUGACUGGACGACUGAAGACUCCAGCCGCUCUUCAGGAAGCGUCUCUGCGGAGGAUCCACGUCUGUCCGUUUUGUUUUUCUUUGCUCGAGUUGAUUUUCAAUAAAAGAGUCUGAAAGUGGUCGGCGUGAGCGGUGACUGGUUUAUUGUCACGUAGGUUUCACAAGUUGAAAUAAAGGUUCAGUGGAUUCAAA